GUGGCGCUGCCCGCUCGGCCCGGCGCUUCUGGAGCUGCGAGCCGGGACCGCGGGAGCGCACCUGCCCCGCCUCCGCCAGGCGGGCCGCGGGGCAUGCAGCGGACCGGGGGCGGGGCUCCGAGGCCCGGGCGCUACCACGGGCUCCCAGGCAGCCUUCGCCAGCCAGACCCCGCCACCCUCCAGAUGCUUCUCGUGGACGCCGAUCGGCCGGAGCCCGUGCGCAGCGGAGCGCGCGAACUCGCGCUCUUCCUGACCCCCGAGCCUGGGGCCGAGGCGAAGGAGGUGGAGGAGACCAUCGAGGGCAUGCUCCUCAGGCUGGAAGAGUUUUGCAGCCUGGCUGACCUGAUCAGGAGUGAUACUUCACAGAUCCUGGAGGAAAAUAUCCCAGUCCUUAAGGCCAAACUGACAGAAAUGCGUGGCAUCUACGCCAAAGUGGACCGGCUAGAGGCCUUUGUCAAGAUGGUUGGACACCACGUCGCCUUCCUGGAAGCAGACGUGCUUCAGGCUGAGCGGGACCAUGGGGCCUUCCCGCAGGCCCUGUGGAGGUGGCUGGGAUCCGCAGGGCUCCCCUCCUUCAGGAACAAGUCACCUGCACCGGUGCCCAUGACGUACGAGCUGCCCACACUGUAUAGGACGGAGGACUAUUUUCCUGCGGACGCCGGGGGGGCACAGCACCACCCCCGCACCUGCCCUCGGCCUUUGUGAGCUUUGUGGUCUUCCCAUCAGGAAGGCUGGAAAGUGACAUUGCGUACAUGCUGCAGCUUGAGGGUUUUUUCUUUGUAUUGCUGUUUAUUUUAUAUUUUAAAAAUAUUUUUUAAAAUGUCGAGAUGGGGUCUCACUAUGUUGUCCAGACUGAUCUCAAACUCCUGGGCUCAAGUGAUCCACCCGCCUUGGCCUUCCAAAGUGGCAGGAUUACGGGCAGGAGCCUCCGUGCCCAGCCUGCUGCCAUUUUCAAAUUUCCACCCUGCCUCAUGUGAGGCCACAGGGUUUGGAGAAGCAGUUGGAACCCACGUGUGGAGAUGCCUCCCACGUCGGCCUGCCUGGGGUUCUACAGGGGUUGAAGGGCCAGGCAGGCCUGGCCGGGGCUGAUGGACAGUGGGGACUUUCCUUCUCUCCAUGAUGGCUUUGCAGGGGCUCCAUGGUCCUUCUCUCUGUGAUGGGUUUUUGCACGGGGUGCGCUCUGCCACUGUGGGUGGGUGGAUGCUGGUUCUGUUGCCCCCAGACCUCGGUGCCCACAGUCUUGAGGAUCCUUCCAAUAAAGGUGUCAAGAGUUCA